AGCAGGUAGUCUCGCGCCUGGCCGCUGUUGCUGUGAUUAUGCUGCUGUGAGGAUUAAAAUGUCUAACGUCUGUUCUGACAAACCACCACGUGUAUCAAAGACCUGGAUCGCUCUGAGACGGCUUGACAAAAACGCCUCUUUAACCCGUUGAAGACAAAAUGGAGAUUAUCUUUUUCUCAGACCAUAUGGUAUAAAUCCACCACACACACAUUAUACAUACGAUGACAGAGUGGUGGCUCUUCGGGAAGUGUCCAUUCCUCCAGCAGCUGAGGUCUCCAUGAUCAGACAGAUUAUCGCCACUACCUUUGGGCUGAACUCUUCUGAUGUCAUAUUUAAGAUAAGGAACCACCGUGGUUGUCUGAUCCCUCUGAACAACUCAAUCCCUGCUAACAGCAAGCACAUGCCAUAUGUGCUUGAGGUAGCCAAGAUCUUUCAGCAUGUGCGUCCCAAGCCCAGAACCAUUCCCAUGACUGUGAUCAACAAGAGCAUGAAGUCCAGGCCACAGACUAUUGACAGGAGGAUUCAGAGACUGGAGGAGCUUCUGCCUCAGAUCAAACUCAGACGCGACGAAAAACUAAGCGAGGAGAUUGAAUGUCUCAGCCAGAAGUUGAGGUUUCUUCAUAAGAGAAUGCAGGUGGCAGAUUCUCGCAGCUGGAAGGGAGUGCUGACCAGAGCUCCUCUGUGGUAAACCAACACCCACAUUUACGGCUGUUUUAGAAGACACAAACCGUCUGUGGGACUAAGGUCACACUCAUCAUUCACUGCAGAUUUGAUCAUGUCACCAUGUGAGGAUGGAUCAUGAUCUGCAUUUUUACAAUUUACUUUCAAAGAUCCAUGUGUGCACGAGUGUUUUAUUACAACUAUACAUAUAUAUAUAUA